AUGGAUAUCACAGCAUUUGAAUACAACAGGAAAUUUUCCAAAGAAUUGAACCUUGGUGAAUGUCCAUCAAGAGAUGUUUCAAUUCCUCGUCCAGAUAGGCGUAACACUGUAGAGUUCGCUACACAACCAUGCUCUUUAAGAAAAAGAGGAACUGUAACAUCAGUACCAAGAGAAUUGAACGACACUCGAAACGUCCCUAUUUUAACACCAAACGAUGUAGUGGCUUAUUUGGGUCUUUGUGGGGGCGAAGCUGCAUCAUUUCUAGGAAUAUUACACAAGGGAGAUUGUGUUGCGAUUGAAAUAGCCAGUUUGUUAACAUUCAAUGAUAAAACAAUGGUUAGAGCUUAUGUAGAAUAUUAUCGUAAAAAGAUGGACAUUUUAAACAGUUCAUUAUCACCACGAAACGAAUACGAACAUUACUAUGAUGGUAGAUAUUACCUUAAAAAUAGGAGUUACGGAACGCUGGAAAUCAUUAUUGUACAGUUUCGAUUCAAGUCUAAGAAAAUGACGAUUGAAGCUAAGAAAGUUGAAACUGACAUCUCACCUUUAAUGUCUGUUUAUAUGGAAGAAGUUAGGUUAAGAGCUGGUAUGCCUACAAGUUUAGUGGUUAUACGGUUAUCGACAGCAGGAGAUAAAUACGACAAGAAGAAAUUUAGAAAGGGUGGCUAUCAACAAGCUCUACGUUACGUUCAGGUUUUAGAAACAGAAAUACGCCAUGUUCGAGAAAGAAUUAUUGAUAAUGAAAUUUCACCACAUCUUAAUUAUGCCCUAUUUCCCUUUAAAGAAGAACAACCACAAUACAGAAUGGGCGCUAGUUUGUUAACAUGGGAAAAGACUUCAAUGUUAGAAGUCAGCAUUAGACAAGGUAUCAAUAUUGGUAAGAAGGCUGCUAGAAAGUGUCGACAUAGCAAGGCCAACAAACUAGAGUUAUGUGUGCGAGUUAAAGCUUUAUUGAAAAAGUUGAAAGUCACUCAAAGAGAAAUCCACAAAAUCAGAUCCAAUUGGAUGACCUUGACAUUGGAAGAGAAGAAUAAAUUUUCGGACGUUCAUGGCACUAGAGUCAAUAGCUAUAUCAAUGUAAUGAAACGACUCGCACGUGAUGUUAGAAAAUGGCGGAAACAAAUGAAAAAGCAGAAACAGAAAGAUAGAAAGAAUCAAGCUAAAGAGCGAGAAAUAAAGAAAAUGAGUAGCGAUCAACCUUGGUUUUUACGGGCUGGAUAAACUGUCUCUCUGAUCUUAAUGCUAGAUCCAAACCAAAUAAUAUUAUAAAAAUUUGUGAUUAAGACCGCAAUGGUCUUCCAUAUAUUCAUAUUUUGAUACGUAUAUUGAAUAUGUUUAAACUUUGGUUGUGAAACAUGAAUCAUGCAUGUUGUAGGACAUCAACGUCAAAAGAAAUGUGAAAUUUCAAAAAAUCAAAAACAAUUUAUGUAUGUUCAAAAACUAUUUUUCUAAUGUUAUGUCAUCUUAUAUUAAGAAGCAUCGAACAUAACUAUACCGCACAAAAAGCGGUUGGUGGUGGUCUUACAAUCUCUAUCCAUCGUAUGAAAAAUAACAGAUCCCGCUACUUGUUCCUCUUGGAUAUAUCAAGUUCUGUUUAUCUGAUCCAGCCAUUAAACUACAUACUGGACACCUGGGAAUAUCUAUAAUCUAAAAAAUUACCAGAACAAUUGUAAUACGGUAAUAGACGACCCGUGUUAAAUCCAGAAGGCGCUAGUCUGACAUGUUGAUUAAUAGGGCUAAUAAGUUUUUUUUAAAUUCAAAUCGUGUUAUCUUAUUAACAUAUCUGAUAGUUUUACUAUAUACUCUUAUUGGUCAAAUCCUAUGUUCAUUGUAAGAGAUAGUAAUCCACUACCUGAUUUUCUGAUAGAAGUUGUUUAACAUUAUAAAUCAACUCUCUAGAUUCCGGGUUAGAAAGUUUAUAGUAGAAGCUACUCAUUAGACACUAAGAUCUAUAUUCUAUUAUUUUACAGUUGAGUAUUUAAAUUAUAAUGUAUAAUAUUUAUUAUGUUAAAAAUUGAUAUAAUGUUAUUGGUCAAAUAAACGUUUAUCAGAGAC